AUGGUUACUGGGGUCUUACAAGACAAUACUUGUACUUUUACUAACGCCGGUUUUAUGUGCGGAAAAACUUUGUAUUCUUUUUCUUGUAAAUAUGAUAAAUCCAAAAAGAUAAAUAACAUGUGCGGCACAAUAAAUCGGAUUCCUAAAAAUUUUGCUUGUUCCGCAGAUUUCACACAUAGUUUUUAA